GAAAGGCAGAUAUGGUGUGUAAUAAAUUGAAAAAUGAUGCUCAAUCAUCUUUAGCCAGCCUUGAGAAAAGAAACAUCACUUUCAUGGAUACUAUUAUCAAGGAUAGUGGUGAAGCAAUAGAAGCCUGUCAGCGAUUUUCAUCUGCCGCUCUGUCAACAACCGAGGAAGCAGGGCUCUCCAGCAAUGACUUCAUUUCCUCCAUCGAAUAUAUACGAGGAAUUGACGCAGAUGCAACAGAAAGAAACAAUUCUGUGAUAGCAGUUUGUCGGGUGGGGAAUAAACGAUUGGAAGAUGAUCAUUGUCGCAAAGUGGACGAUAUUCUGGGAAGUGCUGCUGAAAAAUGCAACAUAAGGAAUGGAAAUGAGGUAUAUUCUUGGGAGAAUAAGAUUGAGUCAAUUAAGGAACUGAGAACCUCUGCAUUUAGAGAGCUGUUAUUGGAAUUUGAGGAAGCUGGAAAAAAUUAAGUAAAUACUUUUUAUUUAUAUAAAUUAUUGACAAGAUUUUGAUCAAAAGGUUUCAAUAAAUUUUCAGUUAUACAAGUA